GCACUCAAGUUUCGUCCAAUGCAAAUCAACCGGGCUCGUGAGAUGAUUGUCAACCUAAUUGAUGACCCUCAACAUUAUCAUUCUCACUUCGCAACGUUCUCGUCAUCAGUUGCGAUGUCAGUGGCGUACGGUUACCAAACUGGCCCUCGUGAUGACCCCCUGGUUCAAAUCGUAGAAAAUGCAACGGCUAUUGGCGUUAAGGUGCUGACCCAAGAGAGAGCAACCUUGCUAAAACUCUUCCCAUUCUGUGAGCUCAUUUUCGUUGAUGAGAAAGACUUGACAUUCCGCGCUUCGAUGCAGUACUGAGGUUACCUGACUGGUGCUGGGGAUCCGCGCUCAAACGCGAUGCUGAGGUUUCGACCCAUCGCAUGACUGAAAUGAUGGACCGGCC